UUUAACGGCGGCUCUUUCCUUUCUCCGUGCCUGCCGUUUCCCCGUCCGGCUCUGCCCCGUUUGCUCGCCUGGGACUGUCGAGUCAGUCGCCGAUCUCUCAGCUUCGGGGACUCCUUCGCGAUGCGCAGCGGGCCGCUUUUCUUCUUGGCGCUGUCUCUGUGGCUCACCAAUGCCUGGUCGGCCAGCCGAGUCCCUUACCAACAGAUCUUGCAGCACAGCCGGAUCCGGGGCAGGCAUCAAGGCCCCAAUGUAUGUGCUGUGCUGAAACUCAUUGGAACCAACAAGAAAUACUUGCCAAGUUGCAAACUGUGGUACCAGAAGAAAAUAUGUGGAAAAUCAACAGUGGUUGCUUAUGAAUGUUGUCCUGGAUAUGAAGAAGUUCCUGGAGAAAAAGGCUGCCCAGCUGCUUUGCCACUUGUCAAUCUUUAUGAGACACUUGGAGUUGUUGGAGCCACCACCACUCAGCUCUAUUCUGCCAGCUCUAACCUGAGUGCUGAAAUCACAGGCCCCGGCAGCUACACAAUCUUUGCCCCCACCAAUGAAGCCUGGGCAUCCCUGCCUGCUGAAGUGUUGGAUUCUUUGGUGAGCAAUGUCAAUAUUGAGUUGCUAAAUGCUCUGCGAUAUCACAUGGUGAAUAAACGAGUCCUAACUGAUGAGCUAAAACACGGGCUUUCUCUCCCUUCAAUGUAUCAGAAUAUUGACAUCAAGAUUCAUCAUUACCCAAAUGGAAUUGUGACUGUGAACUGUGCUAGAUUGCUGAAAGCUGACCAUCAUGCUACCAAUGGAGUAGUCCAUCUGAUAGACAAAGUCAUUUCUACAACUUCCAACAGUAUCCUGCAAGUUGUAGAGAUUGAAGAAAGUCUUGAAACUCUUAGGACUGCUGUGGCAGCAGCUGGUCUCAAUAAUCUUUUAGACGGGGAAGGUCAAUUUACCUUAUUAGCACCAACCAAUGAAGCUUUCGAGAAGAUUCCUAAAGAAAUGUUAAACAGGAUCCUGGGAGACCCAGGAGCUCUGAAAGCACUGCUGAACAACCACAUCUUAAAAACAGCUAUGUGCGCUGAAGCUAUUAUUGCCGGUUUAUCCAUGGAAACUCUAGAGGGUCAUAUGUUGGAAGUAAGCUGUGUUGGCAACCAGCUGAUUCUCAAUGGAAAGUCCAUCAUUGCUGACAAGGAUGUAAUGGCCACAAAUGGAGUGAUACACAUGAUCAAUGAACUUCUCAUCCCAGACUCUGCUAAAACUCUGCUGGAGUUGGGAAAGGAAUCCGAUGUUUCAACAUCUAUUGACCUUUUUAGACAAGCUGGUCUCGGUUCACAUCUUACUGGGAAUGAGCGUUUGACAGUCCUGGCUCCCAUCAAUUCUUUCUACAAAGAUCACAGUCCUUCAGCAAACAGAAAUUUGCUUCAAAAUCAUAUAAUCAAAGAGCAGCUUUCUUCUAAAUAUCUUUUCCAUGGACAGAAGCUAGAAACUUUGGGUGGAAAAGAAUUGAGAGUAUUUGUAUACCGCAAUAAUCUCUGCAUAGAAAAUGCCUGCAUUGCUGCUCAUGACAAGAGAGGAAGAUUUGGUACCUUGUUUGCUAUGGACAAGCUGCUAAGUCCCCCUAUGGGAACUGUUAUGGAUAUACUCAAAGCAGAUGAUCGCUUCAGUACCCUGGUGGCUGCCAUCCAAUCUGCAGGCCUAACUGAAACACUGAAUAGGCCAAGAUCCUUCACAGUGUUUGCACCGACAAAUGAAGCUUUUCAAGCCAUGCCUCAGAGGGAGCUAAACAGACUUAUGGGUAAUGCAAAAGAACUUGCCAACAUCCUUAAGUACCACAUUGGGGAUGAAAUUUUAGUGAGCGGAGCAGUUGGUGCUGUUGUAAGAAUCAAGUCUCUGCAGGGUGAUAAACUGGAAGUCAGCUCUAGAAACCACGUAAUAAACAUCAACAGGAUUCCUGUUGCCGAAGCUGAUAUUAUGGCCACCAAUGGUGUGAUUUAUGCAGUCAAUAGUAUCUUACAACCCCCAGCUUCUAAGCAUAAUGAAAGAAGCGAUGAUCCUGCAGAUCCUUCUCUGGAAAUCUUCAAGCAUGCUUCUGCAUUAUCCAAGAUUUCGCUAAGGGAUGCUCGGCUCGCUCCUGUGUAUUCCAGAUUAUUAGCCAGGAUGAAACAUUAAAGUGAACAGCAAUCUACAUGUCAAGCACAGUCAAGGAUUCAGUUGAUUUUUACUGUGGAAAGCAAAGCCUAAAUUUAAUCAAAACAAAACACCGCCAUGUAGGUGGAAUGUAUGCAAAGGUGAUCUUCUUUUUGAAGUGAAAUAAAGAAAAUAAAAGCCAUAUAGCCAGACACAGCCAUCACUUUAUAAGAUUACUUUGUCCUAAUAGUAGGAUAAUUUAGCAACUAUCUAUUCCAAAAUUAUUUAAGUCAUAUGAGCUUAAGCAAAGAAAAACCCCUAGUAUUGUAGGUGUAUCAAGAAAGAGAACCGGGUGUCAUAUGCUUAGCUCACCCAUUAAACAGUUUAGUCCAAUGGCUUCUACUUCACUGGACAAAAGUUGCCCUAGUUCUCAAAGGAACAGCUUUCCUGUAUCUUCUGAUGGAAUUUGUUAGCUAGUGUCAGUGCCUUAGAUCUUAUGUAUAUAACCUUGCUCUCUUCCAUUGAAUAGGUUUCUUCCAUAAAUUAUUUUUUUAAUGAUUUAUUUGGACUUUAGCUGCAGUAAAUGAAGACAUUGAGCACUCUUAGUCUAAAUAAUUCUCAGGUUGGCUUCCAUUUUGUUUGUCUAUAUUCUGUCUGUAGACCAAAUUGCAAUCCCUUAAACUAUAUUUUCAUUUUCACUGCUAAAACAAUUGCUAGAGAUCAAGAGCCUAAACUAUUUUUAUAUUCUCAAGUCCAAUGGGAUGGUCAAUUUUUUGUAAGGUUCAAACAAUAAGAUUUUGCUUCUAUAUGGUUUUGUCAAGGAAUAUUUUUGGAUAGAGUCAGAGAGCCUUCAUGUACAUUUACUGUAUACUGGCAGAAUCAUUACUUUCUCUUUACAUAUUAGGAAUUUUUAAAUUGUAAUGCUCUUUUUAAAAUUGCACUCUUUUUU